CAAGCUGGAGGAGGUUUUUCAAAAUAAAACUAGUUUAAAGCAUGACGAGGCUCCGAGCUGCAGCGCAGUGGUGUCGUCCUUUGGAUGCUUCCUGCAUCCUCUGACAGCUUGACGCACCCGUGCGUCGCUGCGUCUCUGCGUCGCUCUUGGAGAAGGAGGCGUUGGCGCAUCGCGCCACUGCUGACGCUCCCCCCUCCUCUUCAUCCUCCUCCUCCUCCUCCUCUGCUGCUGUCAGAGAAACCGGCUGACCCGCACCGAGGCGGCGCACACACACCUGACACCUGCGCCAAAGCCAUCGCUUGCUUCCACACGUACCCAUCCAAAGCUCCAACCGAAACCUCCAGGAUGAUCAAGAACGGUCAUCACCAUCCCCAAGUGAACGCAGGCGCCGUGAAAGACACCGCAACGACCCCCGGCGCUGCAGCGUGCAGCCCCGAGAAGAGGAGGAGGAAGAUCCGCGUGUGGUGCGAUGGAUGUUACGACAUGGUGCAUUAUGGGCACUCAAACCAGCUUCGACAGGCUAAAGCUAUGGGAGAUUACCUCAUCGUUGGAGUUCACACAGACAGUGAGAUCUCAAAGCACAAGGGUCCGCCCGUUUUCACCCAGGAGGAGAGAUACAAAAUGGUGCGAGCCAUAAAAUGGGUGGAUGAGGUCGUGGAAGGGGCCCCUUAUGUCACCACGCUUGAGACACUUGACAAGUACAGCUGCGAUUUUUGCGUGCACGGAGAUGACAUAACUUUAACCGUGGACGGAAAAGACACGUACGAGGAAGUGAAGAAGUCUGGACGCUAUAGGGAGUGUAAGCGAACCCAGGGAGUGUCAACCACAGAUUUGGUGGGGAGGAUGCUGCUGAUGACCAAAGCACACCACAGCAACAUUGACAGUUCAGACUACAAGCAGCAUACAGAUAAUUUUGGAAAGAAGGGCCACAGUCCCUGGACAGGAGUGUCUCAGUUCCUGCAGACUUCCCAGAAGAUCAUCCAGUUCGCUUCAGGCCAGGAGCCUCAGCCGGGAGAUACCAUCAUCUACGUAGCAGGAGCCUUUGACCUUUUCCACAUUGGUCAUGUGGACUUCCUGGAAGCCGUGCAUAAGCUUGCAGAAAAGCCAUACAUCAUAGUGGGCUUGCACUUUGAUCAGGAGGUGAAUCGCUACAAAGGGAAGAACUACCCAAUCAUGAAUAUCCACGAGAGAACUCUCAGCGUGCUGGCUUGUCGAUAUGUGUCAGAAGUUGUGAUUGGUGCACCAUUCGCGGUCACUAAAGACCUUAUUGACCACUUGAGGGUGGAUCUUGUUUGCCAUGGGAAGACAGAAAUAUAUCCUGACAAGGAUGGAUCUGACCCCUAUGCUGAGCCCAGAAGGAAAGGGAUCCUGCGCAUGGUUGAUAGUGGAAACAGCCUCACAACAGACGCCAUUGUGCAGAGGAUCAUCAAAAACAGGUUGCUUUUUGAGACGAGGAACCAGAAGAAAGAGGCCAAAGAGAUCGCUGUGAUCCAAGCUAUGAAACAGAAAGAGGAGGAAAAGACUAAAGAGCGAGCCCAAGCUGUUCUCUAAGCACUACAUUUGUUAACACUGAGUUUAUAUAACUCCAGUCAAAUCAACUAUUACAGUUUCCCUUACUAUAGUUUUGUUUUUGGAUGUUUUAAGUUCCUCAACUAUCUCUUCCAGAGGAAUUUGCCUUAAACAAAAUAAAUCAUUUUUUAUGGGCUUUGAGUAAAAUGCUUGAAUUUUUGUUAAGCCCAAAAUCAAAUCAAUCUGUAUAUCUAAUAUCCUAUUGAGAUGAUUAACUAUUACAAGACUUGAAUAGAUCUUCCUGGUUGUCUGUGGACAUCAUGUACAGCAUAUCCAAAACAUAUUAUUAAAACUGUUCUAAUUUAAUAGGAAUUUAUUUUUUUUAACCUAAAAGGCACAUUGUGGAGACCUCAAAGUCAUGCUUAAUGAGUGCAAUUGUUUUUUUUUUAAUCAAUUCUUUGAAAUAUUGACACUACUGAGAAAAGGCAUUGUUGUCAUGACGGUUGUAUGCCACAAACAUGUGUGUGAGUGUAAAAUGUAACUAAAUUAUAUAUAUUUUAGAAUUAUAUUAUGAAUUUUAACAGUAUGAUAUAUACAUAAAUAAAUAUACACAUAAAUUUUUUUGUAGAAAUAUAUAUUUUGUUCACCUCCUUCUCAACAUGUUUAGCUUGUCUCAUGUCAAACAGAAUGCUUUGUGUUGAAAUUAUUGUAGACUUCGAUGCAUAUGUUACUGAGUACUCCCAUUUUAAUAAAAUGUAGAAAAUAAUUGGAUUGUGAUAUAUGAUUGCUAAUAAAAUAAAAUUGUGAAAUAUA